GAAUAACUUCAAGACCUCAUUGCUCAUUUAACUCUAUUUACUUUGAUAUGAUAUUACUUUUUCCAGCAGUGAAACAACAUAACUAAAAAUGUUUAGUUUAGUUUAUUUCUUGUCAAUUUUGUGCAGAUGACAAUUUAGAGAUGCAAUCAGAUAACAGAUACAGAUACAACACUAACAUAGUGUCUCUUAAUACCCGUACACAAACUCUUCACUCUCACUUUGGUGUCAUUUGGAAGCCAGCUGGAUGUGUUUAACCAGUGAACCAUGGGAAGUUCAUUCAAGGACAUUCAACUGCCAGCACGUUCACGAUGGACAGGAAGCAGUGUAUUGUGAGUCUGUUGGUCCAGCCGUCCAGAGGGCUCGUGGAUGAGAAGUUUAUCGUCCUGGUCCAGGGAGCACCACCUGGUUUUCAGCUGACUGUCCACGCUCUCCACAAGUGUGAAGAUGGUCACAGCUGGGAGGCUUUUGGUCACUACACCAGUGACGCCACUGGAACUGUCAAUGUUUCAGAGGAUCUCAGUCUGGGUGGGACGUAUUCUGGGGUUGAACAGAUGGGUCUACUGUGGAGCCUCAGACCAGUUCCAGGCAGCAAACCUGGACUCAGGUUAAGGAAGAUGAAUGUCCAGACUCCCAUGGAGGUCACAAUCUCAGUGUACCAGGGUCACCAGACUGAGGGCUUCAUGGAUCAGGUGCCACUGGCCAGUGUGGUGGUGGAGCGCUGGUACAUGGCGCCCGGCGUCCGCAGGAUCCCGAUCACAGAGGACGGCCUCACUGCGACCCUCUUCCUGCCUCCAGGAGCGGGACCUUUCCCCGGCCUCUUGGAUCUGUGGGGUGGUGAAGGGAAGCUGUUGGAGUACCGUGCAGCUCUGCUGGCCUCCUACGGCAUCGCUUCCUUAGGCCUCGACUACCUGACACCUAAAAUCACCAUGGAAACUGGGAAGUUAAUGGACAAGCAGUACUUUGAGACGGCCUACAGAGUCCUGGAGCAGCAUCCUCAGGUCCUCAGCAGCAGAAUCGGCAUGUUGGGUCUUUCUCUGGGUGCCAGUAUGACUCUCAAAAUGGCGGUUUACUCCCAGGUUAUUAAGCUCAGGUGUGCAGUGUGUAUUAGUGGGAGUCAUGUGCAGCCAACUGACGGAUCUCUGCAGGAGUUUCUGAAUUUCUGUUGGAAAAACGUGGGGAAGAGACGCAUCGGUGAGAACAAUGCGAUGAUAAACCGAGAUCUGCUGCUGCCCAUCCCAACUGACCCCACACUCAAAGUGGAUGUGGGACGACUCAAGUGCCCUCUGUUGCUGGUUCUUGGUGACGACGAUCAGAACUGGCCCGCCCACGAGUCCGCGCUGGACAUGAAGCAAAUAAUGGAACGGGCGGGGAAUAGCCACCUGCUCACCAUCCUGUUGUACCCAAACGCUGGUCACCUGAUUGAACCUCCAUACACGCCGCACUUCCGAGCCAGCUCCUUUAACUCAGUCCAAUCGACUGAGACCGUGAUGACUCUGUGGGGCGGAGAGAUGGUGGCACAUUCUCGUGCUCAGGAAGACUCCUGGAGGAAGAUGUUGGAUUUUCUGAGGGAAAAUCUGCUCAGUGGCACAAACCCUGGAGCAACUACAUAGAGUCAUGUAGCGAUGACGUAUUAUUGUAGGCUAACUCUGAAGUUAGCACCGCCCUGGUUCCCUCGUCAAAAAAGCCUCCGAGAUUUUUGAAUUGGAUUUUUGAAUAUCUACCAAAAUAAUAAGUUUAUGAUACUGAACACAUUUUUUCAGCAAGAUUUCAAAGUUGAACCUCUCUGGCAUCUGUGCAUUAGCUUCUCUGAAUAAAAGCUUGGAUCGUG